GUGACCUUCUGACAAACACAUCGAAUUGUUUGGCAGAAUCUCUCACGGAAAGAAGGUCGGAUUUUAGCUCCGACAGUCAGUGCUUUGUCAGAGCGCAGCGAGACAAGCGGAGCCGAUAGACCAAACUGUUGGUUUGGUGGCCAGAAAACGACAGUAUGCGCCCUCAGCAGAGAGAAGCAAACGCCUGAGCAAGCACACCCGGUGAGACGGAGCGCGAACACAAUCCAGCACAGUCACCGGAAUUCUCCAGCUCUAGGCUACUGGAGCGUCCUCCUGUGGGCCUCCUUUUCGUUUUUAUGCGCGUCCUGCAGGGGUUGUCGACCGUUGGGUAGAUCUACAUCCGACAUGUCAACGGUUACAGCUUCGGUGGUUGAUGUUUCCAGAAAUAUUAAUUCAACCGAAAACGGAAACCGUGGCGGCCGUAAUUAUACAGGCCAGUGCACCCCAAUGCCCCUGCCUGCGCUAGUGACCCAGAAGAUUAUCCAGGGGAAUGGCACCAACGUGGGCACGGUGAUCACCUUGCAGUGCCCGUCCAGACACCAUCUGGUGGGGGGCAGUGAGGUGUCCUGCGUCUGGGGCAGCAACAGCACCCAGUGGUCAGGAGGUUCUCCCUGGUGUAAACCGUUGUCCCUGUCGGAUGACUUUGGGUUCCGUGUGGCGGUGGUGUCCUCUAUCAUCAGCUGUGCCAUCAUCCUCCUCAUGUCCAUGGCCUUCAUCACCUGCUGUCUGCUUGACUGUGUCAAGGAGGAGGAAAGGAAAAAGGAGGAGAGGGAGACGGAUCUGUGGCACCAGCUGGAGCAAGCGGAGCAGGAGGAGAACAGGGCCUCUCGCUACGGCCACAAGGGCAGAAACAACAAUAACAACACCCAGGAGAAGACACUGCCACCAUCGGACCACCAGGACCCUUCAAUGUGUGACCAUAGGAGACCCAGCUGGUGCCAUCAGUACCCCUAUGCGCUGAGUGGUCCAGCCCCAGCCUCCACCUUCGACCCAGCCCUCAACUCAGCUCCUCUCCCCUGCAGAGGCUACGACCAGCCCAUUCUCCCGCACUCAGGCCUGUACCACAACCCAGAUCUGCCACACAAUCCUGGCCUACUUCUAAACCCCAUCCCACCCCAGUAUCCAGGUCCAACUCGGACCGUGGGGUACCAGAACCCAGAGGGACCCCAUCGCUCAGGCUUGGCCAGGCUGUAUGGAGGACAGGAGGGCAGUGUGUCCGUGAUGAGCACUCCACUUCUGGAGGAGUGGAGUGCCCAGGAGCGCCCCAUAUGUGGUCCUCUGUAGCUCAGCUGGUAGAGCACGGCGCUUGUAACGCCAAGGUAGUGGGUUUGA